GGCAUGGCGGAGGCGGCGGCGGCGGCGGCGGUGCAGGUGGCCUUCCCGGAGGCGACGCGCGCCCUGCUGGAGGCGCUGAACCAGCAGCGGGUGGAGGGGCAGCUGUGCGACCUGGCCAUCCACGUGCAGGGCCGCGUCUUCCGGGCCCACCGGGCCGUGCUGGCCGCCUGCUCGCCCUACUUCCACGACCAGGUGCUGCUGAAGAACAUGAGCUCCGUGGUGCUGCCCAGCGUCAUGGACCCGGCCGCCUUCGAGCUGGUGCUGGGCUCGGCUUACACGGGGCGGCUCCGCAUGGGCCGCGACGACCUGGUCAACUUCCUGACGGUGGGCAGCGUCCUGCAGAUGUGGCACAUCGUGGACAAGUGCACGGAGCUGCUCAAGGAGCGGCAGCGACGGCCCGACCUCGCCCAGGACGCCGCCGCCUCCUCCUCUUCCUCCUCCGGCUGCUGCUCCGGAGGCCGCGGCGGCGGGGAGAGCCAGUCGCCCAGCAGCAGCAGCUACUUCAGCCCCCGCCGCGACGGGCCCAUCGAGCAGCCCCGGGCCGGGCUCCGCGUGGGGAGCGGCGAUCGGGAGGAGGAGGAGGGGCUGCGCCGGCCCGCCCCGCGGCGCCUCCGCCCGCCGGAUCCCUUCGCCCGCCGGGCCGGGGCUGAGCCGGACGACGACGGGGAGCCCGGCAGCAGCGAGGCCCGCCGGCCGGCCUACGCGCGGCCCAGCCUCGUCCCGCAGCGGCCGUGGGUGCCGGUGAAGAAGGAGCGCGGCGUCGGCGGGCGGGCGUCCGGCGGCGGGGGGGAGGCGUCGGCGGGGCUGGUGCUGACCUGCGAGGAAGAGGAGGACGAGGACGACGAGGAGGAGGAGGAGGAACCGGCCGACCCCGCCGCCCUGAGCAUCAGCGACGUGCGGACGCUAAGCGAGGCGGCCGCCCCCCCGCCGGAGGAGCAGGUCAACUUCUGCGAGUCCUCCCAAGACGUGGCCUUCGCGCCCGCCGCCGCCGCCGCCCCCCGCGCCCUCCUCCCGCUGGACCUGCCGGCCGGGCCGCUGCUGCUCUUCCCGGCGUCGGGGGCGUCGGGGGGCCCGGGCCCGGGGGUUGUCCCGGCGGAGCACGGGGCGGUGCAGCUGCCGGGGGCCUCGGGCGAGGCCAACAAGAUCUUCCUGUGCCACUGCGGCAAGGCCUUCUCGCACAAGAGCAUGCGGGACCGGCACGUCAACAUGCACCUCAACCUGCGCCCCUUCGACUGCCCCGUCUGCAACAAGAAGUUCAAGAUGAAGCACCACCUGACGGAGCACAUGAAGACCCACACGGGCCUCAAGCCCUACCAGUGCCUGGUCUGCGCCAAGAAGUUCAUGUGGCGGGACAGCUUCAUGCGCCACAAGGGCCACUGCGAGAGGCGACACCGCCUGGGCCCGCCGGCCGGGACCCUCUCGGCCGCCGGGACCCCCCGGAAGGAGGCCUCGCCCCCCCGCCUGCCCGGGGAGGCCGAGUGGGCCGCCGGACGGUCCCCCCGCAGCGACGGGGGCUUGGCCAGCACC